ACGAAUAUUUCCGAAAGUGGUGCUAAUUUAUAGCCUAAUGCUUGCUGAUAUGUACAACUGGAAUAAAACUACUAAAAACUAAAAAAGUAUCAGAUUAUAACAGAGGUUGCUGUAAAUCCAUGGUAACUAACAUCCGGAAUGUUUUCCAAGAUAAGCAAUGAAUCUGUGAAGAUCCUAAACCUAUCGGGCGAUCAGGUGAAAACCCUACAGAUUGAACGCACCGUGAAAAUCCUGGACGAAUGCAUUUGGAAGGUGGAGACAGCAUUCCUGCUCCAAACAAUUCUGGUCAGCCUGGAGAGGAUAUCAGCAGGGCUUUGGGGUGGGCUUAUGAGAGUCCUGCAGGAGCACCUGCUCUUAGAAGAGAGCUUUGCCACUCAGGAGCAACGGUCGCUGGAGGAGCAGAGUAAGGAGGGGAAGAUCCAUCUUGAAGGGCUAGAACAGGCACUAUGUGGAUCUUUUCAAAAUGUCCUCCGCUACCUGCGAACCCACCCCUCUGGUUGCCAGGGGCUAAGCAGAGAGGCUAGUGAUAAAGGAUCCCAGAAGUUGGUUGAGGGGCUGAAGGGGUUGCAGGGCCUCCUCCGGGAGAGGCUACUGGUCAGCCCAACAGAGGAGCAAGUAGAACGAGACAGAAGUCGUUACAUUGAUGAACUCUCUCUCAGGCACCGUAAUAACAUGGAGGUGGUCUCUACACUGGAAGAAGAUGUGGCAGCUACAACUAAAGAUAAGGAUGCUGAGACUUUGAAGAAGAGCAAGGUGAUCCGUAAGCUGAAGAACUCGAUGCUGCAGAGGGAGAAGAUAUCGGAAGACUUUGUGAUUCGAAUGCUGCAGGACCUGGAGAACCAGAAUCUGUCACACAGGAAGACCUCAGAGGGCCGCCGGGCAAAUAUGCAGCAGGAAAUCAAUCAGCUGCGUAUGCAACUCAACAACUUGAUCACAGAGAACCGUGAGGUUGAGAUGGCCCUCAGAAGGAGGAGGAACAAGGUGGAGUCAGAAAUUGAGAACUGGAUCCAGAAGUAUGAUGCUGACGUGGGUGAAAAACAGGUGGAGCUGGAAGAGGUGUCUGUGUACUAUGCACAGGAGAGCGAGGAGUUGCAGGAGCUGGAGGAGCACUACAGUGUUCUGGAGCUCGAGUACAGCCAGAUUAUGGAGGAGAGGCGCCUGGCCCAGGAACAGAAGGAGGAAGAGGAGAGGGAGCUGGUCAUCAAGGAACAGAAUGCUGUUAUCAUCCAGGCUCACUGGAGAGGGUUCCAGGUGCGCAAAGCAAUGAAGGGCAAGCACACUGGGAAGAAGGGAAAGAGAGGAAAAGGAAGAAAGAAUAAAUGAAUGUAACUGUGCUACCUACCCUCAAUACACUAUGAACAUUGAUGGUGGUGGUCAUUAUGGGUUAUGAAGAAGCAGUAGGAUUUAUUACCGUUUAUUUUUAAUAAUUACCGUUUUCAAUGCUUUUAGUCUGUAUAUGACAUAUAUUUUUUUGAUGUGGUUAUACUAUUGGUACUGUUACUCAUCCCAUUUUCCUUAUUUGAGCAAAAUAUUUCUUCCAAUACCUUGGAGCUACAUGCGCCACAUUUUGUCAUGUUAUAGAGUUGCCGCAUAUCAGCAUGCUGAAAGACACUACUUUCUGAUAUACAAGGUUUUUAAUAUGAUGAAUGUUCCCCAUUGACUUACAUUAGUGUAACUGUGAGCAUGGACAGAAUGUCAAAUUGACAGUUGAGCCAGAGAUUCUAGAUAGUUUAAAGCAAACAUUAAACUUUUAAAACUGGGAUCCAAAAGAGAAAUUCAAUAAGUGAUAUAAGACAAUGUAAAAAGACUGUAAACUUGACUAAAGGUCAAAUAAAUAAAUUGCUAUGAUCAAUUUAAACCA